AUAUAAUUGUGUAGAUAUGGAUAAAGAGAAACUAUGAGGAUCGAACAAUGAUAUAAUAUCUAAAUUUCGAAAUUGAAUCUAACAAAAAAAUCUUCAAAAUUUUAUUCAAUUUUAUUACAUUCCUUUGAGUGACAUAACAAUACUCAAACUAAUUAUUACUGUUGAUAGUAGCAGGAAAAACAAAAUGCACAGAGUAAUGUCGAUAACAUCGUAAUAACUUUUUAUACGAUAGAUCAACUAUGGGAGGGUGGGGGACAACACCAAGCUAUCCACCAAUUACAACACCAAUGUUUAGGCCAACGGUCUGGUUGUGCCUGACUUACAGAACUAGAUAUCUCUUCAGGAAAGUAUCGAGCAUUGUAAGCUUGACUUGCAAUUAUGAAACUCGAAAUCAAAAUGAAGUAUAUGGCUAUGCGCAAAUCUAGAGCCAUGUGAAUGAUGAUCUAAUAAAAUUAUGUUGAUCACUCCUUUCUUAAUAGGCUAAUAUGUUAUACCACACAAAUAGACAUUGUAUUUAUAUACUGAUCUUCCUAGAACUUCGAUUGAAAAAAUCAAUUUAUGUAACCUUUUCUAUAAAUGGAAGACAAAAAACAGGACAUCACUGUUAUUUUUUUUAAAUAUUUAUGAACACCAUUUUCUUAGGAUCAAGUUACACUAAAAAGCCUUUUAGUUUUGUAGUUCAACAAAAGUAGACUUGACAAUCGGGUCAGGGUUACGUUAGAGAUUUCGGGUUGCGGGUCAUCACAGGUCUUGUCAUUUUGGAUGGCUGAUUUUUGGCAAAUAUUGAACCAACCAAAAACUUUCAGGUCGGGUUUCAGAUCAUUUCGGAUUAUGAGUCUUCUUAAAAACAAUAUCAAAUAUGUUUCAUAUUUAGGAUAAUAUGUUAUACUCACACAAAUAGACACUAUAUUUAUAUACUAAUCUUCAUAGAACUUCUGUUGAAAAAAUCAAUGUAUGAUAACCUUUUCUAUAAGUGGAAGACACAAAAACAGGACAUCACUGUUUUUUUUAAUAUUUAUGAACGCCAUUUUUAUAGGAGCAAGUUACACUAAAAACCCCCUAUUAGUUUUGUAGUCCAACAAAAGUAGACUUGGCAAUUGGGUUACGUUGGGGAUCUCAGGUUACGGGUCUUCACGAGUCUCGUCAUUUUGGAUUGGCUGCUUUUCGGCAACUAUUGAACCAACCCAAAUACUUUCAGGCCGGGUUUCAGAUCAUUUCGGGUUAUGAGCUUUCUCAUAAACAAUAUCAAACAUGCUUCAUAUUUUCUUAAAGAAAAAAAGAAUUCUUAUAUGUAUGGCAAUAGUUUACUUAACACAUGUCAAUUAAUAUAUUCGCAAAGCCUCCAUGCUACUGAAAGGAAUUACAAAGUGCACAAUUCGCCAAAAAAAUCAAGAGAGUAAUACUAGUACAAGAAACACGUUAUAUUUGAUUAUCCUUAUACUCCAAACUUGUCUUUCAAAUCCUUGAGAUUUUUUUAAAAAAUCUCACAAAUUUAUGAGUGAUCGUAUCAUUUUGAGAAUGACAUAUGAACCGGAACACAUAUAACGGAACGACCCGCUAAUACCCCCACGCCAACCCAAAAAAUUACGGGCUAAUCGAGUUUGGGUCAUUUGAGUUUCGAGUUAUUAAAACUUAUUAUUUAUUUUCCAUGUGGGUUCGGGUGGGGUCAUCAUUUGUUAGGUCUAUACAAAACUCAAUCCAAUGGUUGUAAUUUAGGAAGUGAAGAUCUAAUGAUUGAUAUCAUAGAGGGUCGAGAAGGAAAAUAAGGAAUUUAUGGACAAAUGACAAGAUUUUCUGGGCAACUGACAUAAUUUUGGGUGGGUCGGCACGAAUUCCCAGACAACUUUUAAGGUUUCCAAUCUUCUACGGAAAGUCAACGAAUCUUAGCUCAUGGGUAGGCCGGGCCCAUGGAGCCGAGCUGGGCAGGAAGGAGAGGUGCAUAGAGACAAGGAUUGCUAAAUGACAAGGAAGUACGGAUUGUCCAUGGUCCCCCGUCGGGCCCCUUGUACUUGUCAGAUGAACUGUCAGGUUUGUCGGGGCGCCCAACUUGGUUGAGGUACGAAACAUUAAAUGCAUUGCUGACGUAAGGCUGAAAUGAAGGAGCCCCGACGGGGGUUGAGUAAGUAUAAAUAUCACCGAUAGGUAGCAUUUAUGCAGGUUGGAUUCUCUCACUAAGAACUGGGGCGAGACACUUCUCUCUCUAGAAAUCAGCCUAACUUGAUUGUCGGAGGAUUAACGGGCUCGGGCGUCCCCCUCUUUGUUCUUUUGCGUAGGUGAGACCCCCACGAGGAGAGAAGAUUAAGGGAGGAGUCUAAAGAAGCGAGGUUCCCACCCGGGCACAAACAAUUGGCGCGCCAGGAAGGGGGGCACGACCGGUAACUACGAAAAUGGAGGCGCCCGGAAGUGGAGAAGAGGAACAGGUUACGGGAGAUCCGUCCCAAUGGUCGAGGGAGCGGACGCCUGGCGCAACUGAGGGAGAAGGGAGCGAGUCAAGGCACCCUUAUUCGGAAGGCGCCUCGAUCACCAAGAAAGAUCUGUUUAAGAUCAUCGAAGACCAAGACGAAGCGAUUGAAAUUCUCAAACGAGAAGUGCAGACGCUAAAGAAGGGAGAAGGAGUAGUCCACAGCCCGGCGUCGAGGAAAAGGGAAAGGACUGCAGAGAUGGAGGGGGACUCCGAUCAACCUCGACGCCCCACAUCCAUGUGGCAUCCAAAUGAUCACGCGGGCUCAGACUUCGAAGGGCUAGACGGAUGGACGCUCAGACGCCUUCCCUGACACUUCACUGUGAGGCAACCUUGGGCGAGAAAUGUGCUGAUGGAGCCGGCGGGAACUAACAUACCUUCGCUCCCAACUUAUGAUGGGACGGAGGAUCCAGAAGACCACCUAAAUGGUUAAUUCACGAAGAUGAAAUUGUACAACAACUCUGACGCGACAUUGUGCAAGGUGUUCCGUCGACUUUUGCAGGAAUAGUGCUCGAUUGGUACCACCAGAUUGAGGAGGGACACAUAGAGUACUUCGAACAAUUUGUGGCUAUGUUUUGGCAAAGUUUGCUAGUAGGAAGUGUCGUACACUGACCAUAGGCGCCCUUAUCAAAAUCAAGCAAAAUGAGGAAGAGACUUUGAGAGAAUUCUAGGAGAGGUGGAUCUCGGUGGCCAUGACGGUAAAAAGAUGUUCAGCCGCCUAUUGGGGUGUUGCCUGAAAGAAUGCACAACCAACGAGGAGCUUUGCAGGGCGUUGGCAAAGAGGGACGUGGUGCCUACAGAGGAUUUGGACCAUAGAAGAUGAUUAUGUUGGAAGAGAUCUUGGCGGCAAGAAGGGCUGAUAGGCGUCGGGUGAGAGGAGAUGAAGGCGAGGCUUCACGAAGGCAGGCGCCUGCAUCGGGGGCAACAUAUACAUACGGCCACUACACACCUGCGAGAAGGAUGGACGUCGGGAACCCGUCACUCUGUGGAGCCGUCUCUUUCACAGAGUUUAACGAUACGCUGAAAAACGUACUCCAAUAUGUUAAGGAUAAUGGCUACCAUGUGCGCUGGGCUCCACCAAUGAGGGGACAGACAAAUGAGUGAAACCUGGAAAGAUAUUGUGACUUCCACCGAGAAAGAGGGCACCACACCGCCGAGUGCUACCAAUUAAAGGAGGAGUUGCAAGGCUUGGUGGAUAGAGGAAUGCUCAAUGAUUUUGUUAAGAAGUCUGAUGAGAAGGCGCAUUGCACUUAUUUCGCAAGGGCAGAGCUGGAGACAGCGGAGCUGCCCCCACCUCCAUUCGACCUUGAUCAGGACAAGGCGUGGAAGCGAGUACGACUCACGAUAGAGUCCUUUAUCGGGACGGUCGAUCUAAGGGAAAAGUUAGAGGGAAACCGCUGAUUAAUGGCAGCCUUAGUCGACACAUAGGAGAAAAUCCACAUUAGUUUCAACCAGACGUCUGACGAGGCGUGUAGGCUCCCGUCUUUGGAUGCACUGAAGAUACAAGGCGUGAUUGAGGGUGCAAGGUAAAGAGGAUGCUCUUUGACACCAGGAGAUAUAUGGACAUGUUGUUCAAAGAUACGAUAGCACAUAUGCAGUUGUCGUCGGACUUGAUACAACCAUUGAAUUCGGUGCUAAUCGAGUUUUUUGGUGCGCUUGCAAUUGGCCGAAUGCGCAUGUCGGUAACCCUAGGGUACGAAGAACUAAGAGUCACGCAUGCCAUAGACUUUGGAAUUGUGGAUUGUCCCUCCCCAUACAACGCAAUCCUCGGUAGACCGCUCUUGGCCCUUUUCAAUGGGGUGGCAUCAACAUACCAUCAAACCCUAAAAUUCAUCGCCCUGCAGGGAGUGGGACUGGCCCGAGGACGGAGCUCCCCUCAUUACGCUUGAGAGUCUAGGAGUAAACGCCUAAAUAAGAACCAAAUAAUUAACGUAGUGGACGUUGUGUCGGAGGAUCCGUCCCAUGCAGAGGCUGCCGAUGAUGAGCUUUUGGUUCCUUUAGAAGAAGGGCGCCCUGAGAGACAUAUGAGGGUAUCAACGCAGGCUCCCUCGAAGAUGAUAGGGAAGUUGGUCGCCCUUUUGCAAGAGUUUGGCGAGCUCUUCGCAUGGAUUGAAAUGGAGAUGCUUGGAUUCGCGCUAGAGACUGUGGUUCACCGGUUGGCUAUGGAUGAAGGGAAGAAGCAUGUGCAAUAAAAGAUAAUGAGCCUG